GAGAUCUCAAGUGGUCAUAUGACAGUCCCGUGACUUGAUGCGGAAGUAAUGCAAAACAAGGAACAAUCUUUGGCGUCGGCCAUCUACUCAACAAUGGACGGAUCCAUCAGCGCUUCGUCGGGCAACACGGAAGGACCCCCGUUUCAUUUUAGAACGAAUGAAGGCUCCUUGGUUUCAGCCCUCAAGACAUUGCUGUUCUUCACCAUACUUAUGGUCACGCUACCGAUUGGUUUGUACUUCGCUUCAAAGGCUUACAUUUUCGAAGGCUCAAUGAAGAUGUCAAAUUCAGACAGCUACUUCUAUGCCGCCAUCGUCGCCGUGCUGGCCGUGCACGUGGUCUUGGCCUUGUUUGUUUACGUGGCCUGGAACGAAGGCACGCCCAAAGGGAAGGGCAAAUACGAUUAAGUAUGAUCGACGGUGACCAACAAACCUUUCGAAGGGAUCUUCAGAGCGGCCCCUCCAGCACCACGAGCUCUACCCCGGCUCAACACCUAUCAUUUAAUGAGAAAGUUCUGGUGUGCGUCGGCCUUGAACUUACUAAAUGGAGCCUGUUGAACGUGCCGUUCUUGUGAAGACCCCUUUUGACUUCUUCUGUUAAAAGAGGGCAGCUUUUAAAAUGUGUUUUUUUCCUCAUUUGUCUUAACAGUCACAAGUCCGACAUGUGGUAAAACAUCUUCCAUUCUGCUUUGUUGUGUACGUCACUGAGCCGUUUGAUUCCCAAACUGUUGAACCAUCGCAAACAAUUUCAAUCCCGAGUUCGUGACGCAUACUUGCUCAAUACUUGGUUGAGUUCAAAUAAGUAAUACACAAGUGAGGAAUUUCAGUUGUCUUAUUUUGUCACGAUGUUUUAGCGUUGCAUUUUUGUUCCUUUUCAGAGAAGUGUCUUGAUGCUACGAUCGUCGAAUUGUCCAGCACUUCCGUGCGGCUGUUAUUUUGUGAUGUCAGUGUGAAAUAGAUCGGCGAUCUGGUUGAAUAAAUGUGUGAAGUCG